AUGACUGCACGCACGGAUGGCUGCUUGAGGGCGAAGAACGGCCAAGUCUUCGCAAUCGCCGAGGUCAAGCCAAACGCUCGGAGCCAUAAAAGGCGACCGGAGGUGCUCUGGCAAGAGACGGGCGAGAUGAUUGCAUGGCUAAUGCAUGACGUCCGGAACAAGCGAAAGCGCCCCCCCGCCUCGAUUCUGACCAGCUUCUAUAGACGCCUGGUUGUGUCGCAAGCCAAACGGUCAAUAUAUCUCACGCUUGCCUCCUGCGACGCCAGAUAUAUCGAGUAUCUGAAAAGCGGACUCAUAAAAACUGAGCCGUCGCUUCCCGAGAAUCCUCGCCCUGAACUGCCAUUACUGAUGAUGCAGCAGUACGGCCCGUGGAAUAUAAGCGAGUAA